AGUAGCUCGUGUAGCUAACGUUAGCCAACUAAGCAUGGAAUACCUCAGAAAACCCAUGUUUACCAUUCUCAAACCCUGGAUGCCCCUCAGGUGUAUUCAACCCAGAUAUUGUUCUAAAUUAGCGAAUACUAGUGUGACUUCAAAAGAGAGGAAGACAACUGUAGAUACGUUCAAAAGUCAGAUAUCCUCUGGUCCAAGUUUUCAGGAUUUUAUCAAAGGAGUUUCAGGGAAUAAGACUUUUGCUGCAGAUGAAGAUUACUCUGACCAACAUAGUUAUCUUUCUGAGGACUUGGUGAUGGGGAACUCAAGGAAAGUGUAUUUUGAAACCUAUGGUUGUCAAAUGAAUGUAAACGACACAGAGAUAGCCUGGUCCAUACUACAGAGGAAGGGAUACCUACGCACAUCUGACUUAAAUGAGGCAGACGUCGUUCUUCUGGUAACAUGUUCCAUAAGAGAAAAAGCUGAACAAACUAUUUGGAACAGACUAAAACAACUAACAGCUAUGAAGAAGAGACGGGUAAAGUCUUGCACUCCAAUGAAAAUUGGGAUUUUAGGGUGCAUGGCAGAGAGGCUAAAGACAGAGCUUUUGGAGCGGGAGAAGCUUGUAGACGUUCUUGCUGGUCCAGACGCCUACCGGGACCUUCCCCGACUCUUGACUGUAGCUGAUGGAGGUCAUCAGGCAAGCAACGUGCUGCUGUCGUUAGAGGAGACCUACGCUGACAUCAUGCCCGUGCACCACGCUCCUCAUGGAUACAGUGCUUUUGUGUCCAUCAUGCGAGGCUGUGACAACAUGUGCAGUUACUGCAUCGUUCCUUUCACCCGAGGGAGAGAGAGGAGUCGCCCUGUCAGCUCCAUACUUGAGGAAGUUCGUAUGCUCUCUGACCAGGGUGUAAAGGAGGUGACUUUGCUGGGUCAGAAUGUGAACAGCUACAGAGACACGUCAGAAGAACAGUUCUGUGGCUCAGACCUGACCAGGCUCAGCCAGGGCUUUCAGACCGUCUACAGAACCAAACAGGGAGGACUGCGCUUCUCCCACCUGCUGGAGCGAGUGUCAUGCAUCGAUCCUGACAUGAGGAUCAGAUUCACCUCCCCUCAUCCAAAGGAUUUUCCAGAUGAGGUUCUGCAUCUGAUUGCUGAGCGAAGGAACAUUUGUAAUCAGAUCCACCUUCCAGCCCAGAGUGGCAGCAGCAAGGUCCUCAAAGCAAUGCGUCGUGGCUACACUAGAGAGGCCUACCUUGAUCUUGUGAAGAAUGUCAAGAGAAUUGUCCCAGAGGUGAGUCUCAGCAGUGACUUCAUCUCAGGCUUCUGUGGUGAGACCGAGGAGGACCACCGGCAGACUCUGUCUCUGAUCAGAGAGGUGGGCUACAAUGUGGGGUUCCUGUUUGCCUACAGUAUGAGGAAGAAAACGCACGCCUUCCAUCGGCUAGAAGACGACGUGCCAGCUGAGGUGAAGCAGCAGAGGCUGGCAGAGUGUAUCAGUGUAUUCAGAGAGGAAGCUGCGAGGGUCAACGGCGCUCUCGUUGGCAGCACACAACUUGUCCUGGUGGAGGGAGAAAGUAAAAGAUCUGCCAAGGAUCUGUGUGGGAGAACUGAUGGCAAUACCAAAGUCAUUUUCCCCAAAGAGGAUGUUGCCAUUCAGCCUGCGGAGUCCACCAGUGCGUCGGUCAAUGCUGGAGACUAUGUGCUGGUGAAGAUAUUGUCGGCCAACUCCCAGAGCCUGAGAGGCCGAGCCCUCACUCACAGCUCCCUGAGAGGCACAGUGAAGCCCUACGAGACUCUGCCGGCGUACCGGCCUGAUGUACUUGUGGCCUCAGACACGACCAUGAUUUAAACACACUCUCGAUGGACACAGGUGACACCACAGGAAACAAACUGUUUGUUUGGGGGAAAGAGCACACUGCCUGCUUUUCCUGAAUGACUUUAAAGACACAUGGAAGCUGUUUUUACUGGACUUGUGAUCAUAUUCCAGUCACAUGGGACUGCUGUGAUGAGCUAUGAAAACUGCAAUAUGUUAUUAAUACAGUCAGAACUAAGAAUGUGUAUGUACAUAUUGAACUGCUUGAACUGUCUUCGCUCCAAUGUAAUGGAGCUAGAUUUACAUUUAAGAAACUCAACAGUAAAGUCUCCUUCCAGAAAUCAUGACCUAAUUACUUAAAAUAAUCCACAGACUUUGUUGUGAUCAGUUUGAUGUAGGAACUAUUUUCUUUACUGAACUACACCCGCCAAUGAGUGAGCAUGAGCCUCUCGUCUGUGAGUGGAUGCACACAUCCUUCUGCGCGGUGAUACGCUUGGCGUGUGUCGUUCGAAAAAAAAUACUUCCGACAUGAAACUGCUCACUGCUGUGGAUUAUCUAUAAUAACCGGGUCAUGAUUUCUGGAAAGAGACUUUGCUGUUAUAUUUUUGGCACUUUGAGCACCGCAAGCCAAGUGCCACCUACAGUAGUUCCAUUACAUUGUGAGAAGGCAGACAUCUCUACGGCUGAUAUGUGAACACUCGGCAACUCACUUCAAAACAACCAAGAUUGUGAACUGUCCCUUUAAGAUGCUGUAACGGGUUUGGAUGAUGUAAGUUAUAACGUUUGUUUAAUACAUGAUUGAUAUAAAAAUUCUCUCCAAUAGGCUGUAAAAAUGUCAUGCAUCAGCACAUUUGUAGAAUCGCUCUGUGAGCUACAAAGUCUGAAACUUUGAGAAAUAUUAUUUAAGUCAGCAGCUUGUUAUUUCAAAGAUGGUGAUCGUGGUGACAAUAGUGAGCCCUGUCCUGCAAACUGUCCUGUGGCGACACGAUAUCAGUGACCCUGUUGGAAAGGUUCACUGCCAUCUACAUUUUAUAUGUGGAAAAGCUGCUCUGAGUUCACAUUUAACAGAAAGACAAACGGAGUAUAAAGGUCUGGAAUAUGAUUAAGAAACCUGAGGUGAAAUCAAAAUUCUCAGGCUCGUAGGAGAAGUGAUAUUUCUACUUCAUUCAGUUUUUUCUUUUCUCUGCAGAAAUGAAUCCUGGGAGUUUCCAGAAAUGCCGUUCAAGCCGUAAACUGAAGAUCAGUCCCAAUCAGCAUGUAGUCCUAGUGAACAAAAAAAGUGUAGCAACAGCAGUUAAGAACAGCUUCGAAAUGAAGAAUUCUGUAGAUAAACUAGAUAUUUAAGAUGUUUUCUUCCAUGUUAUUGGCCCUCAUUAAAAUCCCUGUCAUUUAAUAACUGCAGUUUUAUAGAAACAAUCCAGUCUGACCUUCAGGACGUGCAGCUGAGUGUUCACGAGCGUCAUCUUUCCAAGUGUAGGAAGUGGGUAUCCCUUUGCAAGUUGAACUAUGAAGAAAAAUUUAUACAUUUAGAUGAACUAGUCACAAAUAUGGAAUUUAGCAAAUAUUUGGUUAAAUAAAAAGUUAAAAAGUGCAACCAAGUUUUCCCUUCUGUCUUUUAUGGAAGCCCAUAGGGGACUUUAUUAAAAUGAUAAUGUAAACUUGAAAAUGAAAAUUUUAUUCCACUAUAGCAUUAAAAUGUUCCCUUAAAUGUAAUGAAUAUUUAUUAUAUUAUUAUUUGAAUAUAAUUAUUAUUUGUGAAAGUAUUAUGGACAUUAUGAACAGUGGACGAUAUUCAAAUGCAAUAAUAAAAACAGCCUCCCCAGUC